AUGACUGAUGAGACCAUAUCUAACUUCUCAAUUAGUGUAGAGCAAUUAGCAGAUCCUCAAAAUUUUAGCAUUCAACAACUAUUUCAUGCACUUGAAACAAAUCCAACUUCAGGCAUAUUGGGUGAUUCAAACGAUCUCUAUCGUCGUCGUAAAUCACUUGGUUCAAAUAAUAACUUCUCUUCUUCUUCUAUCACCAAAAAAAGUUUUCACAAAUUAACACUUGAAGCAUUUAAAGACACUACUAUUAUCCUUCUUCUUUGUUGUGCCGUGCUUUCUCUAGUGAUCGGUAUCAAGAGUAACGGUCUACAAGAAGGAAUAUUCGAUGCUGCUAUAAUCUUCCUGCCAAUUUGUUUCGUUUUAAACUUUGGCGUUACUUAUAGAUUUUUCAAGGCUAGAUGGAUAUCGAAGAAGAGAAUGUCACGUAAAAAGAAGGUAAUUCGUGUUCUUAGACACCAACAACUUCAACAAAUUCCGACUUCUGAAUUAGUUGUUGGCGAUAUUGUGUUCUUGGAAUCAGGUGAUGAGGUUCCUGCUGAUGGAAUUUUGAUUCAGGGAAACUCAUUCAAGUUCGAUGAUGAUAUAAGUAAUUUACCACACGAACGGAUACACCAUGUUUUGUUUAAUCGUACAAAGUUAGUGGAAGGCAACUGCAUGUGUCUGGUGACUGCAGUUGGAGAAAACAGCGAGAGAAUCAAAUUGAUGAAACGAGUGACGCAUUUCCAAAAUGAUGGUCAUGAGUCAAAACUUCAUCGUUCAAUUGAUGAAAUGAGCUCAUUUUUGGAUAAACUAUGUUUGAGUUUAUCUUUGAUCUUUCUUGUAGUGCAAGUUUUUCGAUGUUUGUUGUGGAAGAAGUCAUGGUGUUGUGAUAAAGAUCGGGAUCCUAAGGGUGUGAAGAACACAGUGGAGGAUAUAAUGAACGAGGCCACGAAAUACAUGAGGAGGAAGAGAGGUGGCAAUGGUACCAGUAAGGUUAAUGGCUUGGUGGCUAUGCUUUGUAUUUUGGUGUUUUCAUUAAAAGAUGUAUUAUCUUUAGGGAUAUUCAUUAUUCUUCUAUAUGCAUCGAAGGAUUUCAAAAAGAGCCAUCAAAUCAUAGUUCAUAAGCUUCCAUCUUGUGCUAAUGGAGCCCUUGUUACCACCCUGUGCCUCAGCAAAACACCUGAAUUUGUUUUGAACUUUACGACAUUGGCGGAUCUAUGGAUUGGUUUCGAGAAAAUCAAGAACACGUCUGCAAUCAGUGGCGGAGCUAAAGAUAUUGCUGAGGAAGUCCUGAAUACGUUGCGCGAAGGAAUUUGCAUGAACAUAAUUGGUGGUGGUGUAGAUGAGGAUGCACUUCUUAUUUGGGCUGAGAAAGUACUUGUUGGCAAUAUUGAAGAUUUGCAUGGAAGUUGUACCAUCCUAAACCAUGAAAAUCGUAAUCCUCGCAAAGGACUAUGUGGGGUGCUAUUAAAGAGAAACAAAGAAGAUGGAGAAUUUUUGCAUGUGCAUUGGAAAGGAGAACCAAAGCUAGUUCUAUCUAUGUGUUCGCAUUAUUUUGAUAUUAACGGUACCAUGCAAACCCUAGAUGAGGAAAAACGAGAGUUGUUCAAUGGAAAAAUCGCGACCGAUGGAGUUCAUGGAUUUGGUUUUGCUUAUAAACGAGUUAUAAGACGAGAAAAAGAAAGAGAAAAUUACCCCGUUGAUACUGAAGAAUAUGGUACUAUUAUCGCGAAAGAUGGCUUGAGUUUUUUAGGAAUCGUGGUAAUAAAGAAUCCAUAUUCAACUGAGUUAAGGCGAACCAUUGAAGUGUGUCGAAAAUCCGGAAUUGAGAUCAAGUUAAUGGUGGAUGAUGAUUUGAAUACUGCAAGAUUAAUGGCUCUUAAUUCUGGUAUUUUAAGAGUUGAAGAAGAUUUGCAAGGAUCCAUAAUUGAAGCUACUGAAUUUAGAAGAUGCCCAAAUGAAGCCCAAAUUAGUAUGUGUCACAAAAUUAAAGUAAUGGCCAAUAGUUCUCCAGCCGAUAAACUCCUUUUGGUACAUUGCUUGAGAAAGUGGGGUGGACACGUGGCAGCAACGGGUACGUCUAUUAGAGAUUUGCCAUCUCUAAAAGAAGCUGAUGUUGGGAUUUUCGUCGGUGAAAACUGCGCGGACUUGGUUAAAGGUGAUGCUGAUAUUACUGUCGUUGACUCAAAUCUUGGUAAGAUCCCAACCAUUCUAAUCUUGGGCAGGUACAUAUGCACAAAUCUUGAGAAGUUCAUACAGUUGCAAUUGGUAGUCAACAUUUCUGCCUUCACUUCAAACUUUGUUCUCUUAAUUUACAACCCCACAAGUGAUCAAGAUCAACAAUUGACAACAAUUCAGUUGUUGUGGAUAAAUCUAAUUAUAGAAAUUUUUGGUGCCUUGUUUUUGGCAAUCAUAACAUCAGCCAUAAAGCCUCAUGAGUCGGAAGUUGAUCAAAUCAUGUUGAAUUAUUCGAAGCCGACGACAAAUUAUGGCACGGGUGCACCUAUUGUAAUCGAGAACAUGUUAAGGAACAUAGCUGUUCAAUCUAUGUUACAAGCUACACUUUUAUUGAUGCUUUCCAUGAUGGGAAAAUCAAUUUUUCGCGUCGACGAGGCAUCGUUGAGUACCAUGAUCUUCAAUAUUUAUGUACUAUGCCAAGUUUUUUUAUUGGUCAUCAGUGCCAUUGAGAUUACAAAGACGGGAAUUUCAAAAGAGAAUAUCAUCAGAAGGAGAAAAUGGUUGUUUAUGGUUAGUUGUGUAAUUAUAGGGAUUAUGUUUGCUUUACAAGUUAUAUUAGUCCAGAUUAUGUCAAAGAUUGAUUAUUGGAAAAAAUUAGGAAUUAAACUGUGGUCCGUUUGUAUAGGAACUGCAGCUCUAUCUUUGCCUAUACACUAUGCUGCAAAAAUGAUUUCUAGUGCCAUGCAAAGCAACAACUCAAGGAGUCAAGGGGUGCUCGUGGCAUUUGCGAAAGGACAAAGUUACAACUUUAGUAGCUUGCUGCCACCAUAA